AUGAGCUCGGCUCAGCCUGGACAGGGAACCGACUUCACAACUGGUGUGGCAACGGACUUCUUAGAAACCAAGGUUCCAUUCCGAGACCGAGAUCAAAAGACAACAAGAACAGGCAUCAAGGCCUGGCAACAGCCAGGGCGCCAGUCCGCCGGAAGAACCAACAUGAUGCCGGCGAUACCUGACUUUGCUGCUUUGUUCCAAAACCCAGAGUUUGUGAAGGGUUUCUCCACCCUCAUGGCUCAAACCUUGCCAGGAAUCUCCUUGCUUGCUCUUGGACAAUCAAUUGCUACAGUAAUGACGGGGAUGAUCCCCAAAGUCCUCAACGAGAUUCGCUUCUUCCCGAGCUACGCUCACCAUGUGACGAUCAGCGACAAUUGCGGAGAAAUGCUUCGCGAUGUGCAGGGGUUUGGGCCCGAUCCCAAUUCGGGCCGGGCCUUCCGGAAGAAAUCCGGCAUCCCGAGGAAUGCACGCCUCGUGCUAGGCGUGGCCGGGCUGCUCGUCAAGGAUAAAGGCCACCCUUUGCUAUAUGAGGCUUUUUCCGCUCUUCAGGCCGAAAGACCCGACGUGUAUUUGAUCGUGGCUGGGUCCGAGCCUUGGCAUCUUAGGACAUUCCAGCUCAAAACGGAUCAGGGUUCGCCCAAAUUCGAACAUUACCAAAACUCGAGGGAUGUUGACUUGAAGGACCAAAACGCAACUCUCCCAUCCACAACCUCAGCAAGUGGCCCAAAGAUUUCCAUGUUUGCAAAGAAAUCUGGAUUUGUCAUCCCAAAAAAUAAGCUAUCAGGUUCUCUGGUUCCUAUACAUCGAGGAACUAAAAAUGGCGAUGCUGAAUUGGUGAGAGAGGAAGCUACUAAUCAGGUGGCCAGGAAAACCAAAUGGGGACCUGAUUUAACUCUAGAUACCUGUGUUCGGAAAGGGAGGGCCUUGGCGUAUCAGACUCGGAUCAACCAAAUAUCAGAACAACUGACCCUAGGGACAACGGAACUUGAAAGGCAUUGCGACUCAUUAUCUAUGUCAGACCAUCAGUUUAGCAAAGAGGAAUCAGAUUUGCUGGAACUUGAAAGGCGUGAAAUAAUUGGUGAAGUACUAAAGUUAAACCCAGCAUAUAAGGCUCCUGCUGAUUACAAACCUCUGCUAAAAGAAGCGAAAGUUCCAAUUCCUAUAAAAGAGCAUCCUGGGUACAAUUUCAUUGGCUUGGUAUUUGGUCCUGCUAAUGAUACUCAAAAGAGACUGGAAAAGGAAACAGGAGCUAAAAUACAAGUUUAUGGGAUAAAAUCAGAUGCGAGAGGGAAGGUCGAGAUUACUCCUACUGAUGGAAAAGAAAUCGACAAUGUGUACCAGGAUCUCUAUGUACAGGUGUCAGCCGACACAUUCGAAAAAAUUGAUGCAGCUGUGGCUUUGAUUGAACUGUUACUCACAACAGUUUCGGUGAAUCCCGUGCCAUCUUCGACUACACCGACCUCAGUUCCCGACACUAUGAAUACAAAUCAGAAAAUUCCCUCCCCUAUCAUAUCACCUGCAUCAACAAACCAAGGAACAACUCAGCCACCACCUCCACAAGUACAAUUACCACAAUACCCUCAACAAUGGAUUCCUCCAAAUCAAGCUCCCUUAAUCAGCAACAUUACUCACACAGCAACCAUGCCUUCGCAAUUCGCGAUCCGACCAGCCAUAGCAUCAAGUUUUAGUCCCGUCAUGCAAAACCCUUCUGCUUUUCCUUCCAGACCUCAGACAGCUGUACAGCCACCGUAUAUGCCUCUCGGCCAAACAGAAGGGCCUAGAAAUAAUAUUCCUGGGCCAUCCCUAUCUGGGCCUAGAAAUAUUCCUACUGGGCCACAGUUUGGCCCGCCCCAGCCCGAAACUAUACACUUUAGAAUUCAACCCUCUGUGGCCCAACCGAUUCGUCCUGGAGCUUUCCCUCAAUCUUCAGCACCAAAUUCUAUCUUCAGAGAUUCUCAGAGUUUUGAUACUGUAAAACCUAGUCCGAGUUCUGGCGAUUUCACUUUUCAGCCCCACAAUCGGCCGCCAAAUGCAGCUUCUCAGGUUUGGCAAAGCAAUUUGAGGCCAGAGAUGGGUAAUUUGAACCCCUCGUUUGUUCAGAGCUUCCGUGGGCGUCAGAUUAAUCAUCCGAGGGCUCAGAUUGAAAUGAACUUUGCUGUAAAUAGGGCUGCGCCUCAUCAAUCUACUCACCUGAUGAUGCCUACAGCUUCACAUAUGCAACCGAGGAAUUUUAUCAAUCAGCCCCACAUGAAUAACAGGCCUGGACCUUUUCCAAUGAGACCGAUGCAGAUUUUGGAAAAUCCGGUCAGGCCACAACAUAGGUUUUCUUCAAGUCCAUAUCAGCAUUUUGGGAGCCAACAUGGAAGACCGUUUUCUGGGUCAUCUGGUGGCCAGCAAGUGUAUGAUCCUUUCUCUCCUACUUCGGUGCCGCCUUUUAAUAUUCCUCAAAUGCGUGGUAAUAUGAGGGGACACGGUGAGAGUGAUCCAGAGUAUGAGGACCUCAUGGCUUCUGUUGGUGUUCAAUGAAAAUAUGUAGAGAAUAAAUGAGUGCUGUUAAUUUUUUGAAAUUCGCAUGUGUUGUUGUUCCCAAGUGAUUUUUAGGCGGUGUUUGUUGAGGUGUGUACUAUCUUGGGUUAGUGAAAUGUAGAUAGGAUUUUUUCUCAGCGUGUUGAGCCUUGAUGGCAGGUAAAGAGUAUGCUUCUUGAUUAGUAUUGUAAUACCUCGGUGUUUCUGCUAAACUUGGUAAUGUCUCAGCUGAUUCCAGCUCUUUUAUCAUGUUGAACACAUAGAUUGAUCAUUUGCUUACCGGGGUUACUGAGCUGAUUCUAGUUAUUUAAUCAAAUUGCAC